AUGAGCAACUUUGGGCAGAUCCUGAAGGAGAUCGGAGAGUUUGGUUUGUUUCAGAAGCGUUUAGUGGCGGCAUUAUGCAUCCCCAGCGUGUUUGUAGCUUUUGAUGUGAUCGGUCAGGUGUUUACGGGCCUGAGCUUCCCACAUCACUGUAACACGGACUGGAUCUUGAAGCGUGGGCCAAACCUGACAGACGAGAGACAAAAGAACCUCACCCUGCCUGUGAACGAGGCUGGGAAGUAUGAAAGCUGUGAAAUGUUCACACCUGUGGAUUUUGAUUUAGAAAUAAUUGAAGCGUACGGGAUAAACACUACAACUGGAUGCAUAAAUGGAUCAGAUUUCGAGGCCCUCGGUGCCUCCAGCAUUGUGACAGAGUUCAACCUGGUGUGUGACAGAAGCAGCUUGAUCGAGGUUUCCCAGUCCAUCUACAUGGCCGGUCUCCUGGUCGGAGCGCUGGUGUUGGGGCAGAUGGCUGACAGGUUCGGUCGACGCUUUGUGGUCCUGCUUUCAAUCCUUCUACAACUGGUGUUUGGCGUCAGUGCUGGUUUCUCACCCAACGUCUAUGUUUAUAUUGCUCUCAAAUUUCUAGCCGGCUUCUCCGUUUCAGGCAUUCUUAUUAAUGGAUUUGUGAUAGGUGGAGAGUGGAGUGAUUCCUCCAAGUUUGCUUUAUGCACCAUUAUCUGCCACUCUUCAUUCCCUCUUGGACUCAUACUGGUGUCUGGCCUUGCCUAUCUGAUCCCCAACUGGAGGAUCCUGCAGUUGGUGCUCUUCACCCCUCUUGUCGUUGUCCUGGGAAUCUUUUACUGGAUUCUUCCAGAGUCAGCUCGCUGGCUCAUCACCCAGGGCAGGAAGGAGGAAGCCAUAAAGGAGGUCAGGAGGGCGGCCAAGGUGAACAGAAGGAAGGUCCCGGAGGAUCUGCUUGACAAGCUGGACAAUGAGGGUACAUCCAAAAGAGGAAGCAUGCUGGACAUCUUCAGGAUAUCGUAUCUCAGAAAACGUGCAUUCAUUAUGAGCUACGUGUGGUUUGGAACAAGUCUGGUGUACUAUGGGGUGAGCCUGAAUGUAGGCAAUUUCGGUCUGGAUAUCUACCUCACGCAGUGCGUCUUCGGCUUAGUCGAAUUCCCUGCACGCCUGGGCAGUUUGCCUCUUAUCCAACACUUUGGGAGGAAAAUAUGUCUAGCAGUGAUCCUGUUCUUUGCUGGUGCAGCUUGUCUUGGGAUACUUGUUAUUCCAAAAGACCUUCCUGUGGUGGUUACCAUCAUAGCUGUAGUUGGAAAAUUUGCAGCAACUGCCAGUUUCUCCAUAGUUUAUGUUUAUACUGCAGAACUAUACCCAACCACUCUAAGGCAGAAUGGUGUCGGUCUAAACUCCAUGUUUGCUCGUGUGGCGGGCAUCUUCGCUCCGCUGAUCAGGCUCCUGGACGUCUACCAUGACAGCAUCCCCAUGCUGAUAUACGGCAUCGUCACCAUUGUUGCUGGGGGUUUGUGUUUUCUCCUGCCUGAAACCCUCAAUGUUGAACUCCAGGACCAGGCUAAAUUCCGAAAACCUGAGACUGGCUCGAAGAUGCAAUCCUUCAAUAUAGAGGAAAAAUCAGGAAAGAGCACAAAAAUGUAA